UUUUGUAAGAGACUGGAUUUGUUUCGUUAGAAGGAGGUGUUGUACGUCUAGAUUAUAUUGUAUAUUAUUUUUCUGGAAGAUAAGAGGCCAUUUAAAAUUAAUUAAAUAUAAAGGUCGAAGACUUUUCAGUAUGUCUUUUCCCAGGGCUCCGCUAAAGAGAUUUAACGAACAAGUUAGCUGUGCUCCCCCACCUGGAAGCUAUGACGUUAAAAUUACAGACGCUGGAUCAAAAGGCCCAGUGUCCUUUGAAAAGUCUGAUCGGUUUAGAAAAAAGAAAGUUUCAGAUGCUGACAUUGAAAACGAGAUGCUAUCGCCAGGAAGCAUCCGCAGGACCCUGUCCAAUGGAAACCUAGUAACUCGGUCAAGCCAAAACGGAGACAAGGAUACAGUCAUUUUUAAAGAGUUGAAACGUCAAAAAGCGCUGGAGAGGGAGAUUUGUUUGCUAAUUCAGCAGCGAGGAGAUCAAGACAAGAAGAUUCAGGCAUUAGAAGAGGAGUUAAGAAAGGUGGAUGCGAAGUUGGUGGUAGCUGUGCGAGAGAAAACUGGUCUUGCUGCAAGCACUGCUUCUCUUGAGAGGCAACUUGGAGAUUUGAAAAGAGCAAAUGAUCGUCUGAAAACCAAGUUUUCCGAGGAUGGCACAAACAAGAAAUUGAGUGGGCUCUUAUUGGAAUUAUCAGAAGCAAAGAAUAAGGAGGAUACAAAAGAUAAGGAGCUCAGCUAUAUGCAGAUCACAUUGGAAGGACAACUCCAGAUCCUGCAAGCUGAUUUGGAUGCCUCCAAAGCUGAGCUGGCUGCAAUGCAAGACAGGAACAAGUCCCUGGCGGAGUUGCAGCAGCAGACAACAUUACAAAAUGAAGAACUUGAAAAUGAAGUUGACGAACUGCAAUCCCAGAUACAGGAGUCACGUGAAGAGUACAAGGUGUUGCAGGGCCAUCUGGAUGCCACUAAUGCAAACUUUCAGAACCUGCAUUUUGAAUUUAUAUCCAAGGAAAAGGAAUACGAGACUCAAGUUAAACUGAUGUCGGCUGAAGCAGAGAAAAAGCACAGGGAAAUGUCUGCCACAAAAGAACAAUCUGAGAAGCAACUUAUUGAAGCUCGGAACCAUUUAAAGCUGUUGACUGAUGAAGUGGAACAUCUUCAAAAACACCUAUCUGCAGCAGAACAAGACAAAGAGAAGUUGGUGCUGGCACAAACUGAAAGUGAAAAAAAGCUGUCUGACUGCUUGACAGAACUAAGCCAAUUGCAUGAACAGAUAGAGAAGUGUAAACAAGAUCUGAGUGAGUCAGAAGGCAGAGUGGGGGAGAAAGAAAAGGAAGUCGUAACCCUGAAGGACCACCUUAAGAACAAGGAUGAGGAACUGAGCCAACAGAUCAGAUACUUGGAUGACAAAUACUAGCAGCUUGAAAAAGAGAAAGGUAAGGUGGUCGCCCAUGGCAUAAGCCAUGUUAUCGUGUGAUGUCCUAAUUAAUUCACAGACAGACUAAAUUGUAAUUGUGCAUUGCUAGUGCCUGCUUACCACUGGUAUCUUGUUUUGAAGAGAAACCUAGCAAACAAUUUGAUUGCCUCCCAGAGCAUUUGGAUUAUUCUGGGUAGUUUUAUUUUGCUCUUGCGGAGACCUAGGUCUUAUUUGUCUAAACUCUACGUUAUUUUCUUAGUUCCUAUGUACACUACAUACCUUUUAGCAUUCUGCUUGGCUCUUCCUAACUGUCAUUGGAUAACCCAAAUGCAAA